AUGUUUGUGCGCAAAGAGACGAGGACACGAGAGAAGGAGGCGGCCGAGUGGGAGCCUUUGCUCGGCUUUGCAUCGGGCCAGAGGGAGGGGCAUCAAGCUGCUCCUGCUGUUGCUGCUGCUGCUGCUUCUACCAGUCAAGCACCAUGGAGUCAGCUCAGCUUUGCUAGGCGCGUCAUCGCGCUGUGUACGGUGCUCAUCCUCAGCCUCGUCGUGGCUUUGAGCCUAUUCCUGCUGAUCAACGGUCUCACCAGCGACCCCGCCUCCCCAUCCGCACCCGCACCCGCACAACACGCAGGCAGAUUCGACAGGACAGCGCGGCCUACUCUGCAUUGGGCUAGCUGUCCAGGCGACAGAGGCAAGGAUGAGCACUGGAAAUGUGGACACAUCGAUGUGCCCUUGGAUCAUCUCAACCAGCAAGACGUCAGAGUGGUGCGCCUCGCCACUGUCAAGUACUCGCCCAAUCCUCAUCGCAAGAGCGAGAGGACAGUGGUGGUGAAUCCGGGUGGGUAUGGGUAUUUGCAUGCGCACCUUCUGCCUCCCUUUUGCUUUGACUGAUGCGAUGCGCCGCGCCGCUCUUGUCCAUAUGAUGUCAUGUUCUCUUCAAGGCGGACCAGGCGGGUCGGGCACGUCGUACGCUUUCAGAGCAGCUGUCACCAUCUCUGCAAACUACACGCCAUCGUACGAUGUGCUCGGCUUCGAUCCGCGCGGUGUCAACCUGUCCACACCCGUCGGCUCGUGCUACAACCAUUCGGCGAUGCGCGACAGAUCCUUCUACCUCAAAAACGUAUUCUACGAGAGCGCAGUGGGGAGUAGACACGCGGAGCAUGUGCACCCGCACCCGCACCCGCACCCUUUGCCUCCUGAUCAUCACGCACCUCCACCCACGCAUCGAGAGGAGGAGGACAGCGUGGCUGUUGGACAAGCUGCUAGAGCGCUUCGACUGGCUAGUGCAGCGGACAGCGCCGAAUGGUCCGCUUGCAGGCACAAAUUGAAAGAUCUGCCACGAUUCUUUACCACGGCAGCAACAGCGCGCGAUGUGGAUCUCAUCAGGCAGGCGCUCGGCGAAGAUGCGCUCACGGCGUACAUGGUCAGCUACGGCACUGGGCUUGGACAAACGUAUUCACAAUUGUUCCCUCACAGGGUGGGUAGGAUGAUUCUGGAUGGGCUGGAGUUUGUCAUUGAUCAUCGAGAACGCGUAGGUGCGUGCGCGUGUGUGGGCGCGCUUAGAAAGGGGCGACCGACACUGCUGCUGCUGCCCACGAGGCGCACGCUGAUGCUGACUGCAUCACCGUCCCUCUCUUCUCCACUUUGUAGGAUUUGGGUGGACGUCGCUGGAUAAUGUGACGGAUGCGUGGCGAGAUGGUUUCAUCGGCGAGUGUGUCAGACCAGGUGCACACUGUGCCCUCUCCCUCAAGCCAUCCGCAAUUCAAGCACAGCAACAGCAUCAUCUCUCGCUCGACUCUCGCGAAACGCGCAAAUCGCUCGAAAUUCGUCUAGAGGCGCUCCUUGAUCACAUCUUUCGCAACCCGAUCGGAGGCUUGGAUAGUCAUGCCGACCCUCAAGUACUGCGCUACGAUGAUCUCAUAGGCAUCAUCUACGCUUCCCUUUACAAUGCCCAGACUUGGCCCGAUACUGCCAAGUUGCUCUUGCAGCUCGAAAAUGGAAAUGCGACAUUGGCGCUCGAUGCGCUCAGGGGCUCGUGGUCUUAUGAUCCGAGGAAGCGCAGCGUCCCGCGCGGGCACAGGAUUCGCAGACAUGGACAUGCGCACGGGCAUGGACGUGCUCCUGAUUACGAGCGAGGUCAAGGCAGCUUCUACCAUGCAAUCUCCGAUCAAUGGUCUGCUGCAGAGUCAGACUCAAAUUGGUCCGAUCGCCUAGCGAGCUUUCUGGAGCCCAAGAGCGCAAUGCGCAAGAGCGGCAGUAUCCAAUCGAAUCUGGACCCGCUGUGGUCCUCUCAUCCCUUGGAGCCCGAAGCUGGAUCUACCGAGCUGGGCAUCUUCAUCAUCUGUGGCGAUGCGUACGAUGCGCCCGCGCAGGAUGAUGCGUGGUACGUGUCGCUUUGGAAGAACAUGACUGCGAAGUGAGUGGCGUGGCUAGCACGUUUGCGUGCCGUGUCGCACGCAGUGUGCGGAACGCAGCAUCGCAGCAAGGCUUGGCAUCUGAUUCCUAUUCCCCCUCCCCUGCUCCUCUUUCACGCACGCACGUCCCUUGUCCUCUUUGCUCGCCUGCAAUCGCACCCCCGCACCCUCAACCCCUCACCCCUCGCCCCCCUCUUCGCGCGCAGAUCUUUCAUCUCGGGCGACGAUCGCUUUUUCAGCUCUCUACCUUGCAAGACGUACCCAUACAAGCCUACGGAUGUCUAUCGAGGCGAUUUCGACCAUCCGCUCAAAACUCCACUCUUGCUGAUCGGCGAGACGUACGAUCCGGCCACGCCGCUACGCAACGGAGAGAGGCUAGCGAGAGCGCUGGGAAGAGGUAAUGCGAGGUUGAUCAGGCAUCACGGGUAUGGACAUUCGUGAGUGGGGCAGUGGAAGUGGAAGCUAAUGUCUCCCCCUUUCGAAAGAGACGUUUUCUUUUUGCGUUGUUGUCGUCGUUUUUCUGUCUUUCUUCUUCUUCUUCUUCUUUCCUUCCAACGUCGGGGCAAUGGUUGAAGAGUGUGCGUGGAAAACAUGGUGCCUAUACUCAUCUCGAUCCCACCCAACCCCCCGUCCGCCGCAGUUCUCGUGAUCGCUCCAUCUGCACGGAAAACUUUAAAAAGGCCUACUUGUCGCACGGAGAGGUGCCGGGAGAUUUCUUCACCGACUGUCUUGCCGAUAGCAAGCCGUACAGCCAGCCGAUGGAGCGCGAGUCCAACGUCUUUUUGACAGAGGUGUGGAGGGAGGUGAUGAGAGAGAGCGAACGCGGCAUUUGA